UCAACGGGCACUGAGUUGGGACCUAAACAACCAGCGUAAACGGUCAAAAUAUCAAAGUUUUUUCUGAUGAUUUACUUAUUAUGUGAUCCACUUUACAUGACAUUGAGGACGUAUUCUUACUGAGGAAUAAUUAAAGUAUUACUUCGCUGACCGUCGAAGAUGGCGUCAGUGAACGGACACACAAAUGGUGUGAAUGGCCAUGCAAAUGGUGUGAAUGGUGAUGCAAAUGGAAUAGAUGGUCUGUUUGAAGAAAAUAGCCCACGGACUGAAUCAAAAAACAGGACCAGACUUGGGGGAAUAGGUCCUGAUGGAUAUCCUCGGCUUCCACCAAUAUCUAAACCAAAUGUGCCACAACGUCAGGAUCCAUAUGCCAACAGCAAAUUGAUGACAUUCAGAUUGGCUAAUCACAAGCAAGCGUUGCUAAUGAAAGUGCUAGCUGACACAGCAAUGAAGUCACAUGAGGAUACAAGGGAUAUGAUAGAGAGGGAACCAUCACCGGACACAGGACCAGAUUAUCCAGAAGAGAUGAUGAGCAAAGACAGAAGAAUCAGAGUUAACUACCAGUUUAUGAGAAAAUGUGUUGAGAGUGGCCCAGCCACACCUAUGCAGAAGGAAUGGGCACACAAGAUUGUAAAAAUGAUCCCAGAGAGGCUUAGAUCUACCCCAUACAUGAAGGAGUGUAUUCGGGAACUCUUUGAAGAGAUUAAAACAGAUUUUACUGCCAGUAUGAAGAAAUCCAUGGUACAACAUGUUUUGGUGAAACCAGAAGUAAAGGGUUUGGAUGGUGAAGUUGCUGGACCUCCACCCCAGGAACCAAGUGGUCUAGAUUACUCAAAGCCAUGGCACAAUGACUAUGUCGCUGCAAAGGAGAACAUCAGAGAAAAUCUUCACAUGCUGCAUCCCUCCAUGCAGACAGUUCUUGACAUGUGUCAGAACACACUUGGAAACAUGAUUCUUGUUGACUGCUUGAAAUUCAGGGCUCAAGGGCCAAUGGAAUUUGAAUCACUCAAAAAUAAUGUGAUACUAGAUCUGGAGAAAGCAGAGGAAAAACUCAUGCUGAGUUGGUAUCCAAAAGUGAUCAAUGUAUUUGGUGACAAGAACAACUUCAGAAAUCUGAAACAGGAAAAAUACCCAUCAUUCUACAACAGUGUGACCACACUGAUCUCUAAUCAGCUGCGUGACUUACUGGAGCGUACUCUGGAUGCUUACGUUAACUUGUUUGACCCCGAUGACAAAACAUGUCUGCCUCUGUUAAAAAUGGAACUGACAUUUGAUGAUGAGAAAAUGCAGUUUUACCCACCAAGUCAAGACCUUGAAGAUACCGUACUGUUUGUGGUGAAACAGAUUUGUAAGACCAUGCAGCAAGUACCAACAGUUCAGUCCUGGUUGUCUGGAGGAAGUACACUCAAUCACACAGAUGCUUCAAUUGCUGAUCAUAUCUUAAAGAAAUUCAACCUCAAACUCAAGAAAGCUGUCAAGACAAAUUUUGAAGAGCCACAGGCUCAUCUCAAGUCUUUUGUUGACAGAUAUGACUACAUUGUAAAUGGAGAAGCCCUCGCUGAAAUCCACAAAUACAUGGAAGUAGAACACACAUUUGCUGAAUACACAGAGCAAAUUGAGAAAUACAGAAAUCUGGCCAAGGAGAUCAUGGGACUGCCAAGUAUUGAACAUUUUGAUAUGAUCAGGUUGGACUGUGAGGAUCUGAAGCGAGGCUUGGCUGAGGCAUCUCGCGGUCUUGCUAAUGAAUUACUCCGCAGGGUGUCUGAUGAUCACAGGAAGGAGAACAAAGAAAUCUGUGAAGAGUUCCAGCUUAUUAUGGAUCGAGCACUUAAGGUACCAGAAACGAGUGAAGAUUUGAUUGGUAUGAUCUCAUUUGUUGAGCACGCUCGUACACAAGGAAUGGUCAAACUGAAUGAACGUAUUACACAGUCUAAAGACAGACUGGCCUACUUGAUUGAUGUGUUUUUGUUUACACCAGAAGACAUUGCUCUCAAUUGUGAUGUGCUCACUUGGCCUAAAAACAUCAACCCAGUCUUCGAUCAGAAUGAAGAGCUGAUAGAAAAGUCGAAACAGGCAGGAGAGAAAGGUUUGUUGGAGAAGAGAGAAAAGGUUAUGAUGGAGCUUGAGAAGUUACGACAACGUGUUGACGAGUUCAAUGACUACGGUGAGCUAGACAUGAUGCAACAGUAUGUUCAAGACGUACGCGCAGUGCAGAAACGUCUCGCUGAUGUAUCUGACCAGAUCACUUGGAUUAACAAGGAGGAGCAGCUUUACAAGUACCCAGUUACACAGUAUCCAGACGUGGACGAGAUCACAAAUGCUGUAGACCCCUUCCAGAGACUCUUCAACAUUGUAAUGAAAUGGCAAAGAGCAGAGAAGAAAUGGAUGGACGGAGCUUUCUUGGACCUGGAGGCAGAAGUUAUUGAAGGUGAGGUGGAUGAAUACUGGCGGGAAAUUUAUAAAAUACAAAAAGUCUUCAACCAGAAAUUGAAGAAGAUGCAGAUUGAGAUAGAUGAGAUAAACAGAGAGCGCAAAAAGAAGCGCCGCCUCGCUGAAGAUGAAGGAACUGAAGCGGAUGUAGAACCUGAUGCCAAGUUGACACCUCCGGCAGCUGUCACCGUAUGUAACUCUGUACAGGACCAGAUGACAGAAUUCAAGGAAUUUAUCCCUGUGAUAGGCAUAAUGUGUAACCGUGGUAUGCGGCCCCGUCACUGGGAGAAAAUGUCAGCAACUGCUGGUUUUGACAUGACUCCAGACUCUGGUUCCACGCUUCGAAAGGUGCUCAAACUGAACCUGCAACCAUUUAUGGAUGAGUUUGAGGGUAUAAGUGCUGCAGCAACAAAGGAACACUCGCUAGAGAAGGCGAUGGUCAAGAUGAUGGACGACUGGGAUGCAGUAGACUUCAAUUUAAGUCAGUAUCGUGACACGGGAAUCAGUAUCUUGUCAUCAGUUGAUGAUAUACAGACUCAGCUUGAUGACCAGAUUGUCAAAACACAGACUAUGAGAGGCUCACCUUUCAUUAAACCAUUUGACAAAGAAAUAAGGGAGUGGGAAGAGCGCCUGAUCCGUAUCCAGGACACUAUUGAUGAGUGGUUGAAGGUUCAAGCCCAGUGGCUGUACCUAGAGCCAAUCUUCUCCUCGGAGGACAUCAUGCAGCAGAUGCCAGAGGAGGGACGUCUUUUCCAGAUUGUUGACAGAAACUGGAAGGAAAUUAUGAAGCACACUGUCAAAGAUCCAAAGGUGUUGGUGGCUACAAGUAUGACUGGACUAUUGGAAAAACUCCAGGACAGUAAUGGUCUUCUUGACAAAAUCAACAAAGGAUUGAACGCGUACCUUGAAAAGAAACGUCUCUUCUUCCCGAGAUUCUUCUUCCUAUCAAACGACGAAAUGCUUGAGAUCCUGUCCGAGACAAAGGAUCCGCUGCGUGUACAACCUCAUUUGAAGAAGUGUUUUGAGGGAAUUGCGAGACUGGAGUUUGACUCUAAGCUUGAUAUUCAUGCUAUGUUUAGUAGUGAGGGGGAAAGAGUUCAGAUGGCCAACGUUAUAUCAACAUCGGAGGCUCGUGGAGCUGUAGAAAAAUGGCUGCUGCAGGUGCAGGAUACCAUGUUGAUGUCGGUGCGAGAUGUGGUCAGGUCUGCACAUGAGGCAUAUGCUAUCGAGCCAAGAACAAACUGGGUAAUAGACUGGCCUGGGCAGGUUGUGCUGUGUGCUUCACAGGCAUACUGGACACGUGAAGUGCAUGAAGCUAUACGUGCUGCACCAACAGGUCUGAAGGAAUAUUGGGACAAACUGCAGAAACAACUGGGAGAUAUCGUAGAACUUGUACGUGGCAAGCUAACUAAACAGGCUCGUACCACCCUCGGUGCCCUUGUUGUAAUUGAUGUGCAUGCCAGAGAUGCUGUACUGGAGUUGGCAGAAAAAGGAGUUGCAAGUGAGAAUGAUUUCAACUGGUUGGCUCAUCUACGUUAUUACUGGGAGGAGGAUAACAUGAUUGUGAGAAUCACUAACGCAACAGUGAAAUACUCGUACGAGUACCUCGGUAACACAACACGUCUUGUGAUCACACCACUUACAGACAGAUGUUAUCGUACUCUGGUGGGCGCCUUCCACUUGAACUUGAAUGGUGCCCCUGAAGGUCCAGCUGGUACCGGUAAAACAGAGACUGUGAAGGAUUUAGCCAAGGCUUUAGCAGUACAGUGUGUCGUGUUUAACUGCUCCGACGGACUCGACUAUAUCGCUAUGGGAAAGUUUUUCAAAGGGCUUGCAUCGGCUGGUGCAUGGGCUUGUUUUGACGAGUUCAACAGAAUUGACCUUGAAGUGUUGUCUGUCAUUGCUCAACAGAUUUUGUGUAUCAUUAGAGCAGUUCAGGCAAAAUUGGACGUAUUUGUAUUUGAGGGCACAGAAUUGGCUUUAAAUCCACAGUGUUAUGUGAAUAUUACAAUGAACCCAGGUUAUGCUGGACGUUCGGAACUUCCAGACAAUCUCAAAGUAUUGUUUAGAACUGUAGCUAUGAUGGUACCGGACUAUGCUAUGAUUGCUGAGAUCUCUCUGUACUCGUUCGGAUUCCUGGAAGCAAAGGCAUUGUCAGUGAAAAUUGUCACUGUAUACAGAUUGUGCUCGGAACAGUUGUCCUCGCAGUUCCAUUAUGAUUACGGUAUGAGAGCUGUAAAAGCCGUGUUGUCAGCAGCGGGUAAUCUCAAACUGAAGUAUCCUGAUGAAGAAGAAAAUAUCCUCUUGCUGAGGUCAAUCAUUGAUGUAAACUUACCCAAGUUCUUGUCACAUGAUAUUCCGCUAUUCAACGGUAUCAUCUCUGACUUGUUCCCGGGACUUUCUCUGCCCGAAGCUGACUACGAAAUCUUCUUGAAAGCCAUGGAGACUGUGGCAGAAAAGAAAAAUCUACAGUUUGUCAAUUUCUUCAAAGAAAAGAUUAUCCAGACCUAUGAAAUGAUGAUAGUCAGACACGGUUUUAUGUUGGUUGGAGAACCUUUUGGCUGUAAGACAAUGGUGAUCGAGACAUUGAGUGAGGGUAUGACCUUGCUGAAUGAACAAGGUCACACUGAUGAUUAUGAAAAGGUCAAAUUUCGUAUCAUCAAUCCAAAGGCUGUGACCAUGGGACAGUUGUUCGGUUGUUUUGACCCAGUCUCUCAUGAGUGGACAGAUGGUAAUGUUGCAAACACUUUCCGAGAGUUUGCAUCUACAGAUACUCCAGACAGGAAGUGGGUUAUAUUUGAUGGACCGAUUGAUGCUUUAUGGAUUGAAAACAUGAAUACAGUACUUGAUGACAAUAAAAAACUAUGUUUGAUGAGUGGAGAAAUUAUACAGAUGUCAAAUCCUAUGUCACUCAUCUUUGAAACCAUGGAUCUUUCACAGGCUUCACCUGCAACUGUUAGUCGGUGCGGUAUGAUCUACCUGGAACCAUCUACGUUAGGUUGGAGGCCUAUUAUGAAGUCUUGGCUGAAUACGUUACAUGAGGUCCUGGCUAGAGAGGCUGCUGAUGCUAUUGAAGCCUUGUUUGAAUGGCUGGUAGAUCCAUGUUUGGACUUUGUUAGGAAAAAUUGCAAGGAGUACAUACCAUCAAAACCAUCCAAUGCAGUACGAUCACUGAUGUACUUGAUUGACAUGUUGCUAGCAGAGGCACUCAGUUCACCGGAUCUUGAGCACAACAAAUCACUGAGGACCUGGGUCAUUAAUGUAGUACAGUUUUCUAUCCCUUGGUCUAUUGGAGCUGUCGUAGACGUUGAUGGCAGACACAAGUUUGAUGCAUUCUUCAAGGAUUUUAUUAGUGGAAAAGAUGAGAAAAAUCCUAUUCCUAAAGCACUUGGCAAAUUUGAAGUACCAUUGCCAGCAGAAACUUCCAUCUAUGAUAUGUACUUUGAGCAAAAAGCCAGAGGAAACUGGAAACAUUGGAACGAGUUAUUGAAAGGAGUGGAACCAAAGACAAAAAAUAUCAGACAGAUGCUGGUUCCCACCAUGGAUACAGCAAGAUAUAGGUUCCUCAUGGAGCUCUGUAUUGAUCAUUCCAGACCACUUUUGUUUGUGGGGCCAACAGGAACAGGCAAAUCAGUAUAUGUACAGGACAAAUUGAUGCACGACCUUCCUAAAGAGAAGUUUCUACCAGCCUUUGUUAAUUUCUCUGCUCAGACCAGCGCUAAUCAGACACAGAAUAUCAUCAUGUCACGUCUUGAUAAGAGAAGGAAAGGGGUUUACGGUCCCCAGAUGGGCAAAAGGGCAAUCAUAUUUGUUGAUGACUUGAACAUGCCACAGAAGGAAGUGUAUGGUGCACAGCCACCGAUUGAGCUUCUCAGACAAUACCUAGAUCAUGGAAACUGGUAUGACUUAAAGGACACAUCUAAGAUUACGCUACAAGAUAUCCAGUUCUUCACAGCGAUGGGUCCACCAGGUGGUGGUAGGAAUGAUGUAACACCAAGGUUCUUGAGACAUUUCAACAUCGUCGGAAUGAAUCCAUUCAAUGACGAAACCAUGACCAAGAUUUUCUCUGUCAUCAUGAGUACAUACCUCAGGGGCCAGGAAUUCCCAUCAGACUUUUUCACACUCGGGAACCAGGUUGUGGCGGCAACCUCUGUGAUGUAUAAAGAGGCGAUGGCUAAUUUGUUACCGACACCAGCAAAGUCUCACUACGUGUUUAACUUACGUGAUUUCUCCAGGAUUAUCCUUGGUGUCUGUCUAAUAAAGAAACCACAAGUUGAGAAUAAACGUGUCAUGGUCAGAUUAUGGGUCCAUGAAGUAAUGAGAGUGUUUUAUGACCGUCUUACUGAUGACAGUGAUAGGAAAUGGUUGUUUGAAGCUGUGAAGAAAACAACCAAGGAUACCUUUAAGGAGAGCUUUGAUUCCUUGUUUGAAAAUCUAGUACCAGAUGGCGGAAAGAUUAAAGAGGAAGAUUUACGUAGCUUGAUGUUUGGUGAUUACAUGAAUCCUGAUGCGGAGGCCGAGGAGAGAGCGUAUGAUGAAGUUCGUUCCCUUGAUGACAUGUACCAGAUCGUCGAACAAUGUCUCGAGGAAUAUAACAACACACACAAGAACAGAAUGAACCUUGUCAUCUUCAGAUAUGUAUUGGAGCAUUUAUCACGUAUCAGUCGUGUGUUACGUGUACCUGGCGGUAAUGCACUACUGGUCGGUGUAGGUGGCAGUGGAAGACAGUCCCUGACACGCCUGGCGACAGCCAUGGCAGGAUACGGCCUAUUUCAACCAGAAAUCUCUAAGAAUUAUGGCAAAACAGAAUGGAGAGAAGAUAUAAAGAACUUGUUAAAGACAGCUGGAACGGGCAAGACCAUGGUGUUCCUGAUAACAGAUACACAAAUCAAGGAAGAAUCAUUCCUCGAGGACAUUGAUAACUUGCUCAACACUGGUGAAGUUCCAAACAUAUUUGCUGCUGAUGAAAAAUCAGAAAUUAUGGAGAGUAUACGACCAGCUAUGCAGGCCCAGAUGGAGUCAGAAGGGAAAGGUGGUGAUGAUUUCUCUCCACUGGCAAUGUUUGCCUUCUUUGUGAACCGUGUAAAGGAGAACCUACAUAUCAUCAUUGCAUUCAGUCCAAUCGGAGAUGCUUUCAGAAACAGACUGCGUCAAUUUCCUUCUCUUAUCAACUGCUGUACCAUUGAUUGGUUCCAGGCUUGGCCUGACGAUGCCUUGGAAAGAGUAGCAAACAAAUUCUUGGAACAGCUGGAUAUAGAAGAUGAUCAGAAACUGGAGACUGUUAAAAUCUGCAAACAUUUCCACCAGGGCACCAUUGCCCUUUCCACAGCCUACCUGAAUGAAUUGGGACGGCAUAACUAUGUGACGCCAACAUCGUACCUGGAAUUGAUCAAUGCCUUCAAGACACUGCUUGGAUCUAAACAAGACGAGACCCUGAAAGCGAAGAGGAGAUACGUUGUUGGUCUUGAGAAACUGGCUUUUGCUGCCAGUCAGGUCGCAGACAUGCAAAAGGAACUUGAGGAACUUCAACCUCAGCUUGUUGUGUCAGCAGAGGAGAAUUCUAAAAUGUUGGUUGUCAUAGAGAAAGAAUCAGCAGAAGUAGAAGCGACCAGCAAGCUUGUGAAGGCUGAUGAACAGGUGGCCAAUGAACAGGCAGCUCAGGCUCAAGCAUUGAAGGACGAAUGUGAGGCUGACCUUGCCGAAGCUAUUCCUGCCCUUGAGGCAGCCUUAGCGGCUCUUAACACAUUGAAGCCAGCUGAUAUUACCAUUGUGAAGUCUAUGAAAAAUCCACCAGCAGGUGUGAAGAUUGUCAUGUCUGCAGUCUGUGUCAUGAAGGAUAUUAAGCCAGACAAGAUAAAUGAUCCAGAUAAACCGGGACAGAAGAUUCUAGAUUACUGGGGACCAUCAAAGAAACUCCUCGGCGAUAUGAGUUUCCUCAGCAUGCUAAAAGAGUAUGACAAAGAUAAUAUUCCUCCACAUGUGAUGCAGAAGAUCCGGAAAGAAUACAUUGGUAAUCCAGAAUUUGACCCAAGCAAAGUUGCUAAUGCCUCGUCAGCUGCUGAAGGUCUAUGUAAGUGGAUCAUGGCGAUGGAAAUCUAUGAUCGUGUCGCUAAAGUUGUUGCUCCAAAGAAAGCACGUCUUGCAGAAGCUGAAUCUGAUCUUAGCUCUACCAUGAAAACUUUAAAUGCAAAACGUGCUGAGUUAGCAGCUGUUGAGAAACGUUUAGCAGACUUGAAAGCAACAUUCAAAGAGAUGACUGACAAAAAGGAACAGCUUGAAUUCCAGGUUGAUCUGUGCGGCAAGAAACUUGUGCGUGCAGAGAAACUCAUUGGUGGACUGGGUGGUGAAAAGUCUAGAUGGACAAAAGCAGCAGAAUUGUUACAGAACACUUACGAUAAUCUUACAGGAGAUGUUCUUAUUUCAGCAGGCGUCAUCGCCUACCUAGGACCCUUCACAUCUGCAUUUAGAGAAAGGGCUACACACGACUGGGUGAAUGAGUGUACCAGUAAGAAAAUCCCUUGCUCCAAGGAGUUUUCACUCAGUAAGUGUCUGGGUGAACCAAUCAAGAUCCAGGCUUGGAACAUCUUUGGUCUGCCAAGAGACGCUUUCUCCAUUGAUAAUGGUGUGAUUGUUGCUAACUCUAGAAGAUGGCCCCUGAUGAUUGAUCCACAAGGUCAGGCUAACAAAUGGGUGAAGAAUAUGGAGAAAGAAUUUAAACUAUCGGUGAUCAAGCUGACAGACUCCGACUACAUGAGAACAUUGGAGAACUGUAUAACGUUCGGUAAUCCCCUUCUCCUGGAGAACGUUGGAGAAGAGUUGGAUCCAUCUCUUGAACCACUUCUUCUUAAACAGACAUUUAAACAAGGUGGUGUUGAGAUGAUCAGACUGGGUGAAAAUGUGAUUGAGUACAGCAAAGAUUUCCGUUUCUACAUUACCACAAAACUGCGAAACCCACAUUACUUACCUGAAGUUGCUACCAAGGUGUCUCUCCUCAACUUCAUGAUCACACCAGAAGGUCUAGAGGACCAACUCCUGGGAAUUGUUGUUGCUAAAGAGAGGCCUGAGCUGGAAGAAGAGAGACAGGCAUUGAUUAUUCAGAGUGCUCAGAACAGGAAACAGCUGAAGGAGAUAGAAGACAAGAUUCUCCACACCCUCUCUGCCUCCGAAGGCAACAUUCUAGAGGAUGAGUCUGCCAUUCAGAUUCUCGACUCCUCAAAGAUUCUCUCUGAUGAAAUCUCAAAGAAACAAAAGAUUGCUGAGGAAACAGAAGAAAAGAUUGAAGCAAGUCGUAUGGGAUAUCGUCCCAUCGCUAAACAUUCCUCCAUACUCUUCUUCUCUAUUGCCGACCUUCCAAACAUUGAUCCUAUGUAUCAGUACUCCCUGACGUGGUUCGUCAACUUGUACGUUAUGUCAAUACACGACAGCAAUAAGUCGAAGAUCUUGGAACGUCGUCUCCGUUACCUAACUGAUCAUUUUAGCUAUCUAUUGUUCGAUAAUGUGACACGAUCUUUGUUCGCCAAACAUAAAGUGGUGUUUGCGUUCCUACUGUGUACUAAUCUGUUACUGUCAAAGCAUGAGUUGGAUCGUGAGGAAUUUAUGUUCUUCCUGACUGGUGGUAUCGGUCUUGAGAAUAAGUUGGCCAAUCCAGCACCAACCUGGCUCACUGACAAAAGCUGGGAUGAGAUUUGCAGAGCCAGUGACCUUAAAGCCUUGAAAAAGCUCAGGGAGCAUUUUGUUAAGAAUCUGAACAAGUGGGCAGACUAUUACAACUCCAAGGAACCACACAACGAACCCCUACCAGCACCUUUUGACACAGAACUAAAUGAUUUCCAGAAAAUGAUAGUGCUACGUGUGAUUCGACCUGACAAGGUGAAUGCCGCCAUUACAUUGUUUGUGACAAGCAAGCUUGGCAAGAAGUUUAUUGAACCACCACCAUUUGACUUGGCAAAAUCUUACGGUGAUUCUAACUGCUCUGCUCCCUUAAUCUUUGUACUGUCCCCAGGAGCAGAUCCAACUAUGGCUCUCCUCAAGUUUGCAGAAGAUAAAGGCUUUAGUGGAGAUAAAUUCAACUCCAUCUCACUAGGACAGGGACAGGGUCCAAUAGCUUCACGGAUGAUUGAGAAGGCACGUCAAGAUGGCACUUGGGUUAUGCUGCAGAAUUGUCAUCUGGCUGUAUCGUGGAUGACACCACUUGAGAAAGUUUGUGAGGAUUUCAGCACAGACAACUGUCAUCCAGAGUUCCGCCUCUGGCUCACCAGCUAUCCGUCAGACAAGUUCCCCGUCACAGUGCUACAGAAUGGAGUUAAGAUGACAAAUGAGCCUCCAACAGGCUUACGUCAGAACCUGCUACAGUCUUACUUAAAUGACCCAAUAUCUGACCCUGAAUUCUUCGCUGGAUGUCCGGGCAAGGAAUCUAACUUUGAGAAGCUAUUGUUUGGUCUUUGCUUCUUCCAUGCUCUGGUACAAGAACGUAGGAAGUUUGGACCUCUCGGCUGGAACAUCGCUUAUGGCUUUAACGAGUCAGAUUUACGUAUCUCGUGCAGACAGUUGCAGAUGUUCAUCAAUGAAUAUGAAGAUGUACCAUUUGAUGCUAUUGUAUAUAUGACUGGAGAGUGUAACUACGGAGGUAGAGUCACUGACGACUGGGAUCGCCGUUGUCUCAGGACUAUGCUGAAUGAUUUCUACACCCCACAUAUCUGUACAGACCCCAAGUACAAGUUUUCUCCAAGUGGAAUCUACUACUGUCCAUCCAAGGGAAAAUAUGAAGACUAUCUUGAAUUUAUCAAAGCUCUUCCACAGAAUCAGCUACCAGAAAUAUUUGGUAUGCACGAAAACACAGAUAUAUCAAAAGAACUGCAGGAAACCAAGCUUCUGUUUGACUCAGUAUUGCUUACUCAGGGUCGCUCAGGUGGAGGAGGAGGUGGAGACACAGAUGCCCAGCUCAAUGCCAUAUCUGGUGACAUUUUGUCAAAGCUGCCACCAAACUAUGACAUUGAGGAAGCCAUUAAGAAAUAUCCUGUGGAUUACAAUGAGAGUAUGAACACUGUGCUGGUACAAGAAAUGGAACGAUUCAAUAGAUUAACGUCAAUUGUGCGAUCCAGUUUGAUCAAUAUACAGAAGGCUAUCAAAGGUCUUGUGGUAAUGUCAGCAGAAUUGGAACAGCUAGCUGGUAGUCUUCUUAUUGGCAAGCUGCCAGCAAUGUGGGCUAAACGGUCCUACCCUUCACUGAAGCCACUCGGAAGCUACAUAAAUGACUUGUUAGAGAGAUUGAAAUUUCUACAGACAUGGUAUGACAAAGGGAAGCCCCCAACCUUCUGGAUCUCUGGAUUCUUCUUCACCCAGGCUUUCUUGACAGGUGUAAUGCAGAACUAUGCAAGAAAGUACACUAUACCCAUUGAUACACUUGCAUUUGAUUUUGAUCUGCAGUCACUAGGUUUGGAAAUGUUUACCGAGGCCCCAGAUGAUGGCGCAUAUGUGCAUGGACUGUUUUUGGAUGGUGCUAGAUGGGAUAAACAAAAGAAAUGUUUGGGAGAGCAGUUACCUAAGAUUCUUAAUGAUGCAGUGCCUGUUAUCUGGCUAAAGCCCAAUAAGAAAGAUCAAAUUGACGAGUCAGAUAAACGUUACCGCUGUCCAGUAUACAAGACGAGCGAAAGGAAGGGCGUAUUGUCUACCACCGGUCACUCGACCAAUUUCGUAGUGGCAAUGUUAUUACCCACAGACAAACCAGUUCAGCACUGGAUCAAACGUGGUUGUGCUAUGUUAUGCCAGUUGGAUGACUAAAUAUAAUGUGAAAUGAUAACUUUGUAAAGGUGAAGUAAAUUUGUGAAAAAUUUAAGUGAAAACUUUUCUAGUGUUGAAGUUUUGAAAACAUUUUUGAUAAAAGUACAAACAUCAGUCUAUUGAAUGACCUGAUUUCAGAGUUGUUUUUCUAUGUUUUUCGUUUACAAAAUUCACCAUUUGAGACAUUUAUAUCACCUUGGCUGUAGUUUUUAGAGCAGUUGACUGAUCUUGAUCAACAAAAAGAGUGUGCCUAUUUUAAAAGUAGUGCUAAAGCACAUAAAAGAAUGUACUCCUGUUAUUUUGUGGUCAGUAUCAGGUAGCUUCACAGAAUAGGAGAGAAGAAAUAUCUUUCUUCAAAUAGUUUGAGAAAGUCCCUCCUUUUAAAUAAUUAUUUUGAGACAUACACUGAGUUCAAGUUUACUAUGAUAUAUGACUAUUACUACAAAGAUUUAUAAGUUUGAGAAAGUCCCUCCUUUUUAAUGUACUUAUGCUGAAUUCGAAUUGUAACUGUGAUAUAUGACAUUACAUUCCACAAGUUAUUACCAGGAUUUUAUUCAAAUAAAUAUGCAAAUUUACACAGAUGAUUAUUAUUUCUUCAUGUUCACAUCGCAAAACAGUGUUCUAUACCAGUAUUAUAAAUAUAUCUUUUCUUACUGUGGUUACGAAAGAGCUCGGAUUUUUACUAGGUCUACUAAAAUGGAAAAUUGAUGUAUUCUGUAGGUUAUUAUAUUAAAAUACGUAAUUUUCUGUAGACAAAAUUAAAACUCAUAUUCAGUAAAUCAAGGUCUGAAUAUGAAAGCUUGUUUUGCUUUAAACUAUGUUUUAUUUAUGCAAUUUUCUAAUAUUUGCUCUUUGAAAUACCGUCCAAAUUGUUUUAAUAUUUCACAUCAUUAUUUAUACUUUAUUGUUAUUAAUACAUAUUUUGUUGACUUUUGUGAUACUGUCCUAUACAUACACACUGUUUAUAAACUGAUACAAUUAUAGUAUUUAAAUAUGAUAGUAUUUUACUAAUAUAUUAUAACUGUUUAAUAUAUCCGUCCAGAAGAUUAUUACAUUUAAUAAAGUCACCCAGUAUAAUUGAGCCGUGCCAUGAGAAAACCAACAUAGUGGGUUUGCGACCAGCAUGGAGCCAGACCAGCCUGCGCAUCCGCGCAGUCUGGUCAGGCUCCAUGCUGUUCGCUUUUAAAGCCUACUGCAAUUAGAGAAACUGUUAGCGAACAGCAUGGACCCUGACCAGACUGCACGGAUGCGCAGGCUGGUCUGGAUCCAUGCUGGUCGCAAACCCACUAUGUUGGUUAUCCCGUGGCACGGCUCAUAUGUUGGGUCAUUCAGAAAUUAACUUUAAAGUAUAUUCUUCAUAAAAUAUUUUAGCUUUCUACGUUGUGUUAUUUAUGUAUCUAAGGUACAAUGUACUGUAUAAAUAUGACAGUAUUUUUUGUAUACGACUGAACUGUGAUAAAUAAAUGUUUUUUGGCUAUUGAAA